AUGGAACCUAACCCUGUUCUAUCUUCUACUGUACACACUGAGGAAGACCUCCUGCAAGAAGAAGCUAAGUGUUCAGUAGAUUCAGAUGGAACUUUAGUAAGACAUGUUUCGCCACGUGAAUACUAUGCUUACAAGCUAUUGAAAACACUCGGCUUAACUACUUGCAAUCAGCAAACAAUUAGAGCUGAUUUGUAUCAAGGGAUUUUAGAUACUGUUGAAAGCGGUGAAACAAGUGCUAUAAAUGUUGGUCGCCGGGUCAUUUUACCACCAACUUUCAUUGGUGGUCCACGUGACAUGAAAUGGCGGUAUUUGAAAGCCAUGUCUUUGGUUCAGCGCUUUGGAAAACCAGAUCUAUUUGUGACUAUGACUUGUGAUGCAAAUUGUCCAGAGAUCAAAAUUGAGCUAGCUACUAGUGAAGCUGCUCAAAAUUGCCUAGACAUAGUCGCCAUAGUUUUCCACUCAAAAUUGAUUUGUCUCAAAGAACAAAUCAUGAAGAAACAUGUUUUUGGGAAAGUAGCUGCUAUGAUAUAUGUAGUUGAGUUCCAAAAAAGAGGCCUUCCUCAUGCUUAUUUCCUUAUCAUACUAAAAGAAGAUUUCAAGAUAAAAACCCCUACAGAUUUUGAUCAGUUUGUAUGUGCAAAGUUGCCACCUCAAAGCUCUUCACAUCUCCAGAAAAUAAUUGUUGGUCAUAUGAUGCAUGGGUCAUGUGGUCGCUUGAACCGUUAA